AUGGGCUCGAAUCAGUGCGAAUCAGGAGGAAGCACAACUGUUGCCGGACCGAUCCCAGCUAACGAAAUCAAGUCGCUGGUAAAGGAAACGCCACCGGAAACGAAAGAUUUUUAUUUCCAGCAGACGAUGCUUCGUAUUAAAGAUCCUCGGAAAACAUUGCCAUUUUAUUGUAAUAUUCUGGGAAUGAGAUUACUGAAACAGAUGGAUUUCCCAGAAGGAAAAUUCUCCUUGUAUUUCGUGGGUUAUAAGCCGGCAGCAGAAAUUCCUAGCGAUCCUAUAGAGCAGAAACGCUAUGCACUUUCGACAUUAGCAACGAUCGAAUUAACUCAUAACUGGGGUACCGAGAACGAUCCAAACUUUAGUUAUCACAAUGGAAAUAAAGAACCACGUGGUUUUGGUCAUAUUGGAAUAGCAGUAAAGGAUGUAUAUGCGGCAUGUAAACGUUUCGAGGAAUUAGGUGUUAACUUCGUAAAGAAGCCGGACGAUGGUCGUAUGAAAGGGUUAGCAUUUAUUCAGGAUCCGGAUGGUUACUGGAUCGAAAUAUUCAAUCCUUACACUGUAUAA